CCCGCGCUUCAGGUGGAUCGUGGGCUGGACCCGCGCAGCUCAUCCUGAAGCCCCGACAAGUGGAAUCUGCACGUUGAAACUCCGGUGGCUGGAGCUGCGGACUGGGCAUGCUCAGAAGCCAGGGCUGGCUCGGGUCUGAAGUAGGAGGAAGCGUUUGCGGUGGAGGCGAGGCAGCGGCGACUUUAGGGAAAGUUGAUCGGAGAGGGGAGGACGCCCCGAGACGCGGAGCCGCGGCAGCAAGGAGCCCCUGGCGGCAGGCAGCUCAGCCCCGAGGAGCAUGGGCACCCUGCGCGAUCUCCAGUAUGCGCUCCAGGAGAAGAUCGAGGAGCUGAGGCAGCGGGAUGCUCUCAUCGACGAGCUGGAGCUGGAGUUGGAUCAGAAGGACGAACUGAUCCAGAAGCUGCAGAACGAGCUGGACAAGUACCGCUCGGUGAUCCGGCCCGCCACCCAGCAGGCGCAGAAGCAGAGCGCCAGCACCUUGCAGGGGGAGCCGCGCACCAAACGCCAGGCGAUCUCCGCCGAGCCCACCGCCUUCGACAUCCAGGAUCUCAGCCACGUGACCCUACCCUUCUACCCCAAGAGCCCACAGUCCAAGGAUCUUAUAAAGGAGGCCAUUCUUGACAAUGACUUCAUGAAGAACUUGGAGCUGUCACAGAUCCAGGAGAUUGUGGAUUGUAUGUACCCGGUGGAAUAUGGCAAAGACAGUUGCAUCAUCAAAGAGGGAGAUGUGGGCUCACUGGUGUAUGUCAUGGAAGAUGGGAAGGUUGAAGUUACAAAAGAAGGGGUAAAGCUGUGCACCAUGGGUCCUGGAAAGGUGUUCGGGGAGCUGGCUAUCCUUUACAACUGCACACGGACAGCAACCGUCAAGACUCUUGUAAAUGUGAAGCUCUGGGCCAUUGAUCGACAAUGUUUUCAAACAAUCAUGAUGAGGACGGGACUCAUCAAGCAUACCGAGUAUAUGGAAUUUUUAAAAAGCGUGCCAACAUUCCAGAGCCUUCCUGAAGAGAUCCUCAGCAAGCUGGCUGAUGUCCUUGAAGAGACCCACUAUGAAAAUGGGGAAUAUAUUAUCAGGCAAGGUGCAAGAGGGGACACCUUUUUCAUCAUUAGCAAAGGAAAGGUAAACGUCACUCGUGAAGAUUCACCAAGUGAAGACCCAAUAUUUCUUAGGACUUUAGGGAAGGGAGACUGGUUUGGAGAGAAAGCCUUGCAGGGGGAGGAUGUGAGAACAGCAAAUGUAAUUGCCGCAGAAGCUGUAACCUGUCUGGUGAUUGACAGAGACUCUUUCAAGCAUCUGAUUGGAGGGCUCGAUGAUGUCUCUAAUAAAGCUUAUGAGGACGCAGAAGCCAAAGCAAAAUAUGAAGCCGAAGCUGCUUUCUUCGCCAACCUGAAGCUGUCUGAUUUCAACAUCAUUGACACCCUUGGAGUUGGAGGUUUCGGACGAGUAGAACUGGUCCAGUUGAAAAGUGAAGAAUCCAAAACCUUUGCAAUGAAGAUUCUCAAGAAACGCCACAUUGUGGAUACCAGACAGCAGGAGCACAUCCGCUCAGAGAAGCAGAUCAUGCAGGGUGCUCAUUCCGACUUCAUCGUAAGGCUAUACAGAACAUUUAAAGACAGCAAAUAUUUGUAUAUGUUGAUGGAAGCUUGCCUAGGUGGAGAGCUCUGGACCAUUCUCAGGGAUAGAGGUUCGUUUGAAGAUUCUACAACCAGAUUUUACACGGCAUGUGUGGUAGAGGCUUUUGCCUAUCUGCAUUCCAAAGGAAUAAUUUACAGGGACCUCAAGCCAGAAAAUCUCAUCCUAGAUCAUCGAGGUUAUGCCAAACUGGUUGAUUUUGGCUUUGCAAAGAAAAUAGGAUUUGGAAAAAAAACAUGGACUUUCUGUGGGACUCCAGAGUAUGUAGCUCCAGAGAUCAUCCUGAACAAAGGCCACGACAUUUCAGCUGACUACUGGUCACUAGGAAUUCUAAUGUAUGAACUUCUGACUGGCAGCCCACCUUUCUCAGGCCCAGACCCUAUGAAAACCUACAACAUCAUCCUGAGGGGGAUUGACAUGAUAGAGUUUCCAAAGAAGAUUGCCAAAAAUGCUGCUAAUUUAAUUAAAAAACUAUGCAGGGACAAUCCAUCAGAAAGAUUAGGAAAUUUAAAAAAUGGAGUGAAAGACAUUCAAAAACACAAAUGGUUUGAGGGCUUUAACUGGGAAGGCUUAAGAAAAGGCACCUUGACACCUCCCAUAAUACCAAGUGUGGCAUCCCCCACAGACACAAGCAAUUUUGACAGCUUCCCUGAGGACAGUGACGAGCCACCACCUGAUGACAACUCGGGCUGGGACAUAGACUUCUAACGUACUUCUCUUACCUGCUUCUGCCUUGCUGAAGACAACUUCUUUCUGAGACACAGCUGCCAGCAAACUUGAGGGAAGAGAGAAGAUUAGUGCUCGGGGUCACCAUGAUGCCUUUGAUCGAUGCUGCUCCAGACUACAGUGGCAUUAGGACUCAUUGCUUGGAUGGCGAUAGUGCUCUUUACAUGUUUUCUGUUCAAACCUAAAAUAGCAGUUGACAUGGUAGUCCUGAAGCAAAGCCUUUCACCAGUAAAAUGUUUUCUAUUGUUUUAAUGAUCCUGCUUUGCUCUGAUUAUAUUUUGAAAGAUUGUAGGCAACACUUCAACCCAGUAGAAGAUUCUGUAUCUUGCUAGUCUUACCAAGCAGAGGAAAGAAUAAUAUAUUUGGUACGAUAGAUGACCAUGGUACAGAACCUAGGAUCUUCCCUUUCUUCAGGGGAAGGUUGUGGAAUCUAUUACUGAAGGCUGGUGUAUAUAUCACACAUACUGAGGACCCCACAUGUGUGGGUCACAGAGUCCAUUUCAACCCAGUGCUAGAAGUUUCAUGAUUUUAUUUCCUGGCAGUGCUGAUGACAAGACUGAAUGUUACCUUUUCUUUCUGACAGAUUUUGAAAAUUGCUAUGAUCAAAGCACAACUGCUAUGAUUUUUGCUGAAACCUUCCAUAGCAGGUACAUAUGCAUUUUCAGAGGAUUGAGAAAAGUGCAUGACAACUGUUUGUUUCUUUUUGAGAAAUUGGCAUGACAGAGUGGGAAACAGAAUUCACAAAACCAUUUCAUAUUUUUAAAAAAAUGUUUGUGCAUAAUGAUGGUCCUGGAAAUGACUAGCAGCCGAUUGGUUUUAUUUGUUACCUAACAUACCCUCAAACUGAGGCUUAAAAAUAUUCUCUUUUAUAAAAAUAAACCCUUGGGGUAGGGGUGGGUUAGGGUGGGGAGGAAUGAAGACCCAUCCAAAAAAAUAAAAAUGAAAAACUCUAUAGGUGCUAUGUAUAUCUUUCAUCUGUAAUGUCAGUGUCUGACCAGACAACUCAAUUCUAAUCAUUACAUGUCUAGCCAGAGAUUCAAGCAUUUUCACUAAAUUUAUUAAACCAAACUUCUAUUACAUAUCAUUUUUAUAAUAUAGUCCAGGUUUGAUAGAGAAAGGUAAUUUAAAAUGUAAUUGAACUAGUUUCUUGUCUUAGGCCUGAACCAAAACAAAAGAUAAAUAGUAUGAAAGCACAAAUUCAAGGUAUUAAAGUUGACUAAACCAGGAACCUUACUUACUUGAAGCCAAGAAGCAAGUUAAGACCCUGGCCUGGUGUUGAUUACUGUUUCUUGAAUAAGCUGAUACUUGUCAAAGUUGUAGAGUGUUAAAGAGGAAAACAGGAAACUGAUUUCUUAUGAAUAAGUUUUAGCUAAAAUUCAGCAGGGGUAUUAUAAUUCUGAGAUUUUGCAUUAACUAGGAAAGAUUAGAUUUAAAAAUAUCAAACUGGUUUUGUUUGUCACAUAAGAAAGACAAUCACUGAAUUAAGCUGAGCAUAUUGUUGCAGGCCAGUUAACCAUUAUUAGCUGUCAUAAGCAGCAGAACCUUCUGGAAGCUAUUCCUGGACAGGUGGCAUUAUACCUACCCAGACAAGCAUACAUUUCAGGAUGCCAUCCUGAUUUGGAACUUUAUAUGAAUUUGGUACGGUAAAUUCAGGAUUGCCUUUUGUUUUUCUGUAAGUUUCUUUUCAUCUAAUAUAAAAAUUCUAUAAAAACAUAUGCAUUAGAUCAUUAGGGUCUAGCAAAGAAAUCAUAUGUUAAAAUUUUUGUUUGAGUUUUCAUACUCAAAACUACUUUAGAGCAUACUAUCUUCUCAAAAUAUAAUAAUAUAAAAACAAUUUGGAGUAAAACUACUAAAAUAUAGUAUAUGUAAUUAGAAUGAAGUUCAAGUGAAAUUUGGAUCCUGAUAUUCUUGUUGUUAUUAUAUUAUUGGAGUCUUCCCUUUUUCACAAGCAAUUUCUCAAGAUUAUUCUACUCCCCCAAGAUGUCUCUUGAUUUUUUAAUAGAUAAUUGAAUACAAAAAUAAAUGCAUAAAACUAAAAUGAAUCUGGUUUACUUAUUAAUUUGUAUUUAAAAUAUAUAAUUUCCAUAUUAUCAUCAGUGCUUGGUAACUUUUGUUGAAAGCCAGUAUGGUUUAGGCAUUCUAACGGCUUGCUAGAAUAUAAAAAUUUCCCUGUCAUUGUGAAGUGAGUCUUCCUCUAAGACUUUUAAAUAUCCCCAGAUCUGUAGAAAUUAGCACUGACAGUGUAUUUUGGAUGGAUGGUUCAUGUCUAAGACAACCCAGUGCAUGCGUGUUCUAUGGAGAAGGAAGAAGUAGCAUUCAGCACAAUGUAUGUGCAGGUUGCUUUUCCAUAUGUACCGCAUCUGUGUUCAUUUCACCCACAGCAUCACAUUGGAAUGUCUAAAGCAAUCACCAAAAAAUAAAGGUAAACUAUAUCUUAUAAGAGUUGCUAACAGAACACCUUCAUCUGACUUUUAGUACUUAGUUUCAUGGGAUUAAAUCUUGUCUUAAUAAAACACUAGGGCUAUAAUUCAUGGUCAGCUCAUGAAGUGCAUCUACACUUCUAAACUCUCCUCACCCUCUCUUUGUUCUUGCACCAUCUGGGUAAAUUAGAAUAGUGCCAACUUGUUUGAUUUGCUAACUGACUUUCUCGUUCAUACAUUGAGUGGGUAAUAGGUCUUUCUGUGCGUUCUGACUCACAGGAAAACAGAAAACUGCCGAGGAAAGAACAUCAUAUUUUAGGUAGAUUGAAUGCAUUAAAGAAAAUGAUUUCUAGAAAAAUGUUAUAAUUAAUUUUUACAUUUUUACUUCUUUGUUAUUAAGAUACAAAAUCAGAUCCAUAUAGCAUUUAAAACAAAUUAAUUUUGAUUAGUCUCCACAAGUCAUUAUUUUUCUCUUAAAAUCAUGGCAUAUACAUGUGAACUACACAUGUAGAAUAAUAACUAUUGAAUUUUUGUUUCAUUUCUGAUGACAGAACUUAUGAUGAAUUUAAUUUAAAGAAGUCAGCUACCAUAUUGAACACAGAGCAUUAGAACAGAUUUCAUAUAAUAGAGGUGAUAUGUGCAUUAUCCAUAACAAUGUUUCUUUCACAAUAGGACCACAACAAAUAUUUAUGUAAAUAGAUAUUUUUGUGUGAUAUUUUGUGGUACAUAUAACUUUUUUAGUGUUUCACAGCAUUAUUAUUUCAUUUUAUUUGUAUUAAAUAAUGUUUUAGGUCCAGGUAGACUUGAAUUAAUGUCAUAAUUGUCAGUAUUAUUGAAAAUUAUGUCAACAGUACUGUUAUUCAUCUGUCCCAUAGUUUAGAACAUGACCUGGCUAUCUGGCAUUGUUGCAAGUGCCUUAAAUUCAUGGCAUCUUAUUAAACAACAAAUUUGGUGUUAUGCUGCAUGACAAAGACAAACACACCUCAAAAUGUUGUCCUUUCUUAGCUUGCUGCGUUUUACAGUUCUUUCUGCUAACAAUUUAUAAGCUUUUAUUAUAUAAUAUUGAUGAAUUACAGAAAUGAUGAAGUUGUUAUCUUAUUUCUGUUAAAUGUACCAGAGCUGUGUGUCUGUUAAUGAGAUACAGCGUCAUUUCUGUGAAAUGUAUAAAUGUAUGUGCAGGUCAAAUUAAUAUAUGACAUACUAUCAGUCUGUCCACAGGCAUUCCUGUUUUGCUAAGCUGUGCAGAUUCAGUAAAUAAAAACUAGUGCAGUCAAGUGUUAACAUAUCUCAUUGUAUAGACCCCAUUAACAAUGGUUCAACACAAAAGAAAAAUUGAAAAUGACUGCUAACUGCACCUCGUUAUGAAAUCAGUGGUGGAAAUGUACUUUGGUGCACCACUCAACAAAACAGGAUGCUUUCUCUGAGUUUUUGUAUAUGCAAGUCAUUUAUGAGGCAAGUUUUCAGCAGACCUUGAAAGCAAAACGUUGAAAGUAUGUUGUUAGCUCCUCUCUAUUUCUGCCCCUGCAUCAACAGACAGAGCUCUGGGACUUUGACCAUGACUCAGAGGUUUGGGCUUUCUGAGUAAAGGGAUAUCUCUUUAAGCAUCAUCUAGCAAGUUUAUUUCAAUGUAUGAUGUUUUUACAACUGGUCAGUUCUUUUGUAUUCUUAUAGCUAUGGUUAUUUGAUUGUCCUCUUACAAUUUGUUCUACAUGAAAAAGUCCUUUGUUAGAAUGCAACAAACUGUCAUCAAAUGGUCAUUGACCACCUGCACUCUUUUGAUGUAGAUUAAAAACUUUUUCAUAAAUUUAA